AUGAAUCAAUAUAACGAGUCAAGCGGUGAACAAGCAACAACCAUGAAGACACUCAAUGGAGCAUACAUGAUAAAGCAGGAAAUGGUCAAUUAUUACAUUGAUAUGUGUGCUGAGCUUGAACAGAAAUUAGAAACUCAGAGGAUAGAAACUGAAAGAGUAAACAAGUUCUUGAAAAUUGAAGGCAUGAAGGCGUUUGAAGAAAAGACAUCUGAAGGGAAGAAUUCCGAAACAAAAGAAGAUACUGAAGUGAAGAAUUCUGAUCAAGAUGAUGAAAGGCUUCCAAAAGAUUUCAGUUGGGAUGAUUUUGACCCUAACAGAACUUCAGAUCAUAAAGCUUUUGUUGCUCAAUUUGUUGAAGAUGAUGAUAAUUCGUAUUGGGCAGAUAGUAUGAAAGAGCACUUAAAAUAUCUAGCCGAUAGAGAUGCUGAAAAGGCUCGAAUGGCAAAGAAGAAGGUUGAAAAACAAGAUGAUAGUGAAGAUGAUUAUUGGGCAGAUAAAAUGAAAGAGCAUUUAAAAUUUUUAGCCGAGAGAGAUGUAGAAAGAAGGAAAAAUAAGAAUGAUGAUGAAGAGGUCAGAGUGAUAAAAAAGCAAGUGAAAGAAAUUCCAGCUUUCGAGAUUAAAAAGGAAGCUGAUGCAGAAAAGGUGUCUGUGAAUUGUGAAAACUAUGAGACUAUGAAAAAAUACAACAACGAGUUGAUUCACAACAUGAACAGUGAGCGUAGAAACGGCAGGCGAGACCCACCAGGUGAUGAUAAGUACAUGUUGGGCAGGCAGGGUGGGGGCCUGUGUAUGCGCGCUUUGCAGGCGGUGCAUAGAUUGCUGGAGCUGAGCAGUGCUGAGACUGCUGCUGAGCCGGUACAGGUUGAAGUGGAGCAGUAG